AUGGUCUUGGCCUGGUUACUAAAUUCUCUUAGCAAAGAGAUAGCAGAGAGUGUGAUUUACUCGCAAACGUCUGAGGAUAUCUGGACUGAAUUGGAGCAAAGGUAUGGCCAGAAAGAUGGCACCAAAAUGUUUCAGUUGCAAAGGGAAUUGAACAACAUCUCUCAAGCAACUAGUGAUAUGGCUGGACACAUCACAAAACUGAAAAGGAUCUGGGAUCAAAUGAAGUUCCUUAUGGGACUAAAUGAGAAUUAUUCUGGAAUAAGAGGAAAUAUUUUAAUGAUGAAGCCACUCCCUACCACAACACAAGCAUAUUCCAUUAUUUUGCAUGAGGAAACACAAAGAGAAGUGCAUACUGGAAACCAAGUUACUACUGAUUCUAUUGCUUUCAACACUAUUACCCAGAAAUGGAGCAAUCAAAAGGGUAAUAAUCGAUACUAG